UUAGGAGUCACUGUUUAACAAGAGAAGUGUAUGAGGCAGGAACAAAUGAUAUUGCUCUUUCAGGUGUGAAGAGAAUUAACGCAUGAGGACAGAGCAUCUGUGUUAAAGUUCUCUGCAAUGGAAAUCUACAAUGAAGUGUAUAGAGACCUCCUCAGCCCAGAUACUUCUCCUCUAAGACUGCUUGAUGAUCCAGAGAAAGGGACUAUAAUUGAGAAACUCACUGAAGAAACUCUGAGGGUUGGGAUCAUCUCAAGGAACUGUAAUCCAAAUGUGGAGGUUCACAGGAUGUUUCAAUUUUACCUUUCUGCAGUCUUGUGAUAUAGCACUGGAAAUUCCAUAUUCAUAUUUUAGUUUUUAUUCAAAUUCAGAAAAAAUGGACAUCGAAAGGUUAUAUAAUAGGUACUUCAGAGGAAGGAGUUGGGCUGAGGAAGAAGGGAGUGGAGCUCCUUUUCCAGGAACUCAUGAAGUGUGUACCUGUUUUUAUGUUUUUAGUGUAUAUAUUGUUUGCUUUUUUUGGGUUUGCUUAAAGGGUUUUUGGGAAAUUGGAAAAUCAUUUUUAUUUUCUAUGAUCUUAAAGAGUCAAAUUAUUUGGAGUAUCUCUGUAGAGAAGCUCAAAAGGUUGACUGGUGUUAGCAGAGUAUUUUUUGUUUUCCGCUAUGCAUUUUGGUUGCAAAACGCAAGAAAGGAUUUCAGCACUCAUUUGUUCAUAUUUGGGUGGGCCUGAUAAGCAUUAUAUACGGGUUUGAAGCAUUGUUAUUGAUGCACGAGUGAAAUUAAGUUGGGGGGUUUUGGCAUCUGCUUUUCUGUUUGGUUCGAGCAACUGAACUUGCAUGAGAAGCACUUUUGUUGGUAACCUAUAUAUUAAUGAUAUUAGAUCAUACAGAGUUACUCCUUAUUCACUCUCAAAAAAAAAGUGUUACUCCUUGUUUACAAGAGUCACAUUUUCGAUGGGAUGGUCCUCGUCUAAAGACUUGAUUCCAAACUGAUGAUGUCCUAGCAUAUAUAGUUACUUGUGGAGGUUUAUGCCAUGGGUUAAACACAGUGAUUACGGAAUUAGUGUACGGUUUGAACCAUGUGUAUGGUAUGAACGAUGUUCUCGGGAUAGAGGUCAGCAACUGUUAAGAUUUGGGUCUUUUAGUGAAUAUAUACAUAUAUUCUCUCUAGAAGUUUUUCUCAAUGUGCUAAUAGUUUAACAUAUGGGCUCUCACCAGAGAUUUAAAGGUUUUUACUCUAGCAAUGUUGUCCCUUGGACACAAAAAGUAGUUAAUGAGAUUCAUAAACGUGGUGGUGCACUUCUCAAGACAUCAAGAGAGGGCUAUGUGACAUAAAAAAAGUUGACAGCAUUCAAGACCGCAACAUAAAUCAUGUUGAACCUAUGGGGCUAUUGGCUGAUAUGGAUAACCAAAUUAUAGGAGCUAAAGAAGAGGCCCUGAGCAGAAAAGAAUAUUGGAUAAGGUUGCAAAAUGGGUGUUUGUUUGCGAAGAAGAGGGCUGGCUUGAGGACUAUAAUCGGGCAAGUGGAAGAAUCGAAGGCAAGU